AUGGUCACACUUACAUGGCAUCAUAUCGUUAUUUUUGUCCUGACUUUUUUCUCGUAUUCUGCAUUUUUCACAUGUCGAAAGGCAUUCAGUAAUAUUAAAGACACUUGGGGGAAAACAUUUAGUCCACAGGAUAUAACUAAUCCUCUUUAUCCAAAGAAGAUUUGGGAAAAAGAACAAUUGUUUAUAACCAGCGGAGAUGCAAACGUCUUCCUGGCUGAGCUCGAUUCUAUAUUCAUGUUCGCGUACACUAUUGGUUUGUUUUUUAGUGGUAUGAUAGGUGAUCGCGUCAACUUACGAUACAUGCUCUCUUUUGGUAUGUGCAGUUCCGCCAUUCUCACUUUUUUAUUUGGGUAUAUAAGUGAGGUUAUACAUAUGGAAAACUUAUUAUACUAUCGUUGUAUAUACUUCCUUAAUGGACUCUGUCAAUCAAGCAGCCUACCUGCGUCGUUAGCUGUGUUAGGAAAUUGGUUCAGCAAGUCAUCCAGCGGAAUCGUCUUUGGACUGUGGGGUGCGAAUGAUUCUCUAGGAAAUAUUAUAGGAUCAUUGAUUGUGGUGUCGUCUUUAGACUUUGGGUAUGAAUACGGAAUGUUAUUAAAUUCCAUGUUAUUAUUUUGUGGAGGAAUUAUCGUAUUUUUUUGUUUGUUACCGCAUCCGAAUGAGGUUGGUUUGAAAAAUCCGGACGAUAUGUAUGUCGUACGCGAUAAGUCAAAUCAUAAAGCGAUUAACUUUUUCACAGCAUUGAUGCUACCCAGGGUUAUGCUAUACGCUUUAUCGUUCGCUUGUUUAAAAAUGGUAACUUAUUCUCUACAGUUUUGGUUACCAACGUAUUUAACCCAAGGUUUAAAUUGGGAUGAUGAUACUAGUGAUGAAUUUUCCAGCCUUUAUGAUUUUGGCGCAAUAUUGGGCGGCGCAUUACUUGGAGCUAUCACAGAUUAUAUGACCUUUCGCUCUCCCGUAAUCUACAUCUCCGUUCUCUUUUCACCUAUGAUACUAUACAUAUUCGCAAAUGUGGGAAACCAUUACACUGCUAAUGCUGUUGUCAUGGUAACAAUCGGAAUUUUUUUGGGAGGACCGGCCAACACAAUCAGUACAGUUGUGACAGCUGAUCUUGGUAAACAUGAACAAAUGAAAGAUAACACAAAAGCUCUUGCAACGGUUUCUGGUAUAAUUGACGGGACUGGUUCGUUAGGAGUAGCUAUUGGUCAGUAUUUAGCAGUAGUUGAGAUCAGCAGCCAAGCUAUCCAACGGCAGCCUAUGUUUAGUAUCUGGGCAGGUUUAUCAAUGAAGCAAAAACCAAAAAUAGAGGAAAGUUCAUCCACUGCUUCCGACCCCAAACAUAACUAA